AAAAGCUAGAUGUAGGGACAUGUAUUACUGGUCUGCACUACUAAAUCUGUACACAAGCAACCAUGGCUCUUGACGCUGACAACAAAGGACUCAUCCAGGCCAUCUGGACACCUAUUGCAGCCCAUGCUGAUCAAUAUGGAGCAGAAGCUCUCUACAGGAUGUUCCUUUCCUCUCCCCAGACCAAGACUUACUUCCCUAACUUUGACUUGCAUAAGGAUUCUCCUGAUAUCAGAGCUCAUGGCAAGAAAGUAUUUGAUGCCCUGACAAAGGCUGCACAACACCUGGACAACAUUGAGGGAGCCCUGAGUAACCUGAGCGACCUCCAUGCCUUUGACCUGAGAGUGGAUCCUGGAAACUUCACAAUCCUGGCUCACCACAUCUUGGUUACAAUUGCUAUACACCACCCUGACAAAUUUGACUCUCUCACUCACCAGGCUCUGGACAAGUUCCUGGCUGCCGUUGGAUGCGCUCUGACAUCUAAGUACCGUUAAAUGUGUCAAGAUGACAGAGGUUUCAUCAACAUCAUAAACCUUCCAAUGGCUGAUUGUGACAUCUGACUGAGAACAUAUGAAAUAAAGUGAAUUACAAUUUUAA